GAAUGGCGGCCGCUCUGUGCGGUUUGCCGUGCAGCAGCGGUGGGAACAGUAAACCAGCGAGAACUCGGGAGCCGCGGAGGAGAGUAAAAGACUCCCGAAGACGACGGGCCGCCCUGCUGUUUCUCAAUAAUAUCUCUCUGGACGGACGGCCCCUGUGUCAGCUGAACGCUAGAAAUGACGAGCAAAGAGCUGCGGAGGAGCCCCGGGCUGGCGGGACGACGCUGGAGCAGCUUGGUGACGGACCUGCCCCCCAGCAGGAGACCGAAGGCUCCGCGGUGGGCAGCGGCUCGUCCUCCACCUUCACCGGGGUGUUCAGCCCUGUCCGGCCCUCCAUGGUAACGUCUCCGACCGCCGCGGCUUCAAUUGGAGCCAACGAGGUUUUUUUAGAGAGCAGCGGCGCGGUGGAGGCGCUCGCCCCGGACACCCCCAUGUCGCCCGUCCCAGCCGGACACCCGCCGUGCUCGAGAGCCAAGUCAAUGCCCGCCGCCCUCAGCCCGGUUCCGACCGGACAACCUGUGGAUUCACGGCAGAGGCUGAGGAACAUCUCUGGUUCUCCUGGACCCAAAGUGCCAAAGAAAGUCCACUUCAUUAAGACUAUGAGGCAGUAUGAUACCAGGGGAUGCAGGAUCAUGCUGGUCUGUGCCAAGCGGUCACUAUAUGCUGCUUUCUCAGUGCUGCCGUAUGGAGGGCGUGUUCACCUCAGUGAUCCGAAGUUGGACACUCAGAGACAAAGACUGUCCUCUGUGGUGGCUCCUGAUCUGCGUCCUGCCCUGGAAGGUGUGGAGCUGGGUGCUUUUGGGAAGACGGUGUCCUACGCUCAGUUCCUCUACCCGACCAACGCCUUGGUGAGACAGAAGAGCAGCGGCGUGCCAGAGAGCUGCACAGCUCAGACCCCUCAGUCUCGUUUUCGUGGCAACGGGCCCAAAAGCCUCAGUUUGGCUCGUCUGAACAGCAGCGUCCCACAAGACCCUCAUGCAGAGGAGGCGGCAGAUUAUGACCCCAACCUGCUCAGUGACCCUCAGUGGCCCUGCGGGAGACACAAGAGGGUUCUCAUAUUUGCAUCCUAUGUGACGACUGUUAUUGAGUAUGUGAAGCCGUCUGACCUGAAGAAGGACAUGAACGAGACUUUCAGGGGCAAGUUUCCUCACAUCAAGCUGACACUGAGCAAGAUCAGAAGCCUGAAGCGGGAGAUGAGGGCCGUGAGCGAGGAGUGUGGUCUGCAACCGGUCACCACAGCUGUAGCUUUUGUUUACUUUGAGAAGCUGGUGCUGCAGGGUCGUCUAGACAAGCAGAACAGGAAGCUGGUGGCGGCUGCGUGCGUGCUGCUGGCAGCGAAGAUCAGCAGCGACCUGAGAAAGCCAGAAGUCAAGCAGCUCAUUGACAAACUGGAGGAGCGUUUUCGGAUAAACCGACGGGAGCUGGUCCCUCUGGAGGUUUCUGUGCUGUUUGCCCUGGAGAUGGGACUGUACCUCCCCGAGAGCAAGGUCAUGCCACACUACCGCAGACUGGUCCAGCAGGGUUAG